CCGAAAGUCACCUAUUCUGCCGCAUCGCCGCUACAGAAAUCAUUCAAAGUGGGUCGAUACUUCACGCCGAUUGGACGACCAAUGGCAGCUGCCCUCGACGGUCUCAACGAGCGCGACUGGGAUACCUCAGCGAUGGCACCCGGUCAAGACCCUCAAGACCACGUCCCGAAAAACGCACAACAAGCCAUCCCAGAUGCCUCAAAUCGCGACCAAGACGCGAGAGACAAUAGGAGAGAGAUAGGUCAGUCGUCAUCUCGCCUCUUGCCUCUUCGCAUCGUGUUGCCUCCGAGGACGGGCAGUCUCGAGUUCGACGUCGAAGAUGACAUGGCCGUACAUGGAGUGUGCGGACUGGCUAAUAUGGGAAACACUUGCUUCAUGAAUGCGGGUCUCCAGUGCUUGUGUAGCGUGCCAUCUAUUACGUCUUUCUUUCUAGAGAAUCGAAAAAUGCCGGAAACAUUGGAGGACUCACUGCAUAAGCAUUUGCAGAUUCUGCGGAGUUUUACACUGUUGUUGAACAAGUUGUGGGCAGGGAUGUUCAGUUGUAUACAUCCGGGCACGUUCCAUCAGACGUUUGGAUUGCUACACAAACAGUUUGGAAACUACAGACAGCAUGACUGUCAAGAGUUCAUUGCGUUUCUCUUGGACUCACUACACGAGAUACUAGCUGCGGAUGCUCUUGCAUUGAAACAGUCAUCUGUCAUACAAGGAAAGACGUCACCAGACUGUGAACGAGUGAGCAGUCGUUGUGAAGACUUGCCAACGUCAGACAACGUAGCAAUAGAAUCGACUCGAUUAGAAGACGACUCGAAAUCGAGUGAGAGCAACAGCAAGAAGAUGGACACGGAAGAAGUAUGUGGUAAAGACAAAAAGGAGAGCAACACGAAAUCGUCCAUCAUUACUGGCACGCUGCAGGGAACCUUCAAGAGUCUGGUCGAGUGUUUGUCGUGUGGUCACGUGUCAGUAACAUUCGAACCAUUCAUGUAUCUUUCACUGCCAAUUCCUCGAGCCAUGGAGCGACAACUAGUUGUGACCUACAUGUUUGACAGUUCUGAUCACAUACCAGUAAGGUAUAUGGUUACUGUCCACAAAGCUCAUUUUGUAGUCGACCUGAAGAUGGCUCUCAUUGCAAUGUUGCCUGACGAUAAUAAACCGGACGUGAAGGACGUCGUGCUGACUGAAGUGUAUCAUUGGUCGAUUGCCAGAAUUCUGGAUGAUGCGUUUCCUUUGAGGUUUAUUACCAGUUCACUACGGCAACUCGUUGCGUUCGAAUUGAUCAAACCGGCGACUCCCCACGUCAUCCAAGAUGUUUGCAUGUCUGACGAAUAUUUGUCUUUGUCUCAAACAAAUCAUUCACAAUCACUGGAGUCAGACGAGAGACGGACUCAUACUGAUGCCAAACGACCAGUAGGGGGCGACACAAUCGAAUCUCACAGCGUGAAGCGUCCACAUUAUUUAGACACUGAGGGUGACGUCGCAGAUUCUGAUUCACUACAGUUAGACAAUCACGUUCCAUCGUCUUCAAAUGAGAAAGCGGCAGACACUUACGUUCUUGUGAAUUCUCCCGUAUCUCGAGAGCCAUCAAACGUAUCGUCGUCUGCGUCUUUGCUCGCGAUGACUGCCGGAGACAUCAGCGGUUUAUCAACAUCUCUGGCUGGUAGUUUGUGGCACACAUGUGCUAUCUGUCUCGAGGAGAUGAUGGAAAGAGAGCUAAUGACACAUCCAUCGUGUGGCUGCUUGUUGUGUCAACCUUGUCUUGAGAUGACAAAGAGUCAUCACGGCGGCAACACGUUUGUCUGUCCGGUGUGUCUCAAAGAUGUUCCUGCCGAUUCGGGGUUUGUAUGUCUCUCUGCUGGAAUUCAGGAAGAGGAGAUCAGGCACUUGUAUAUUCCUGUGGAGUUCAAGCAAGUUACUGCAGGAAGAGAUUCAAGGCUGGAGUAUGUCCGCUUCGUUGCAUUGCUGCAACUGUCUAGCUUCAUGACGUGCGACGAACUGCAUCAACGCAUUUGCAACCUGCUCUACAAGAAGACGGGCAAUAUAUCAUGCUUAAGCUUUACCGUCCAUGUGGCUUAUGGAUUGUUUCCGAGUUAUAAAAGUUUGAUUGAGCAACAUCCGGAUAUAUUGUCGAGACGCAAGGGUGUGGUUGAGCUUCGACCUAGUGAUACUGUAUGCGUUGUGUUCACGUCAAAGCUGACGCCAAAAAUGGAAUCAAAGUUAUGCGCAUUAGUUGACCAUUCAUCCACACAAGACGAAAUGUCUCACUCAAGGACUUUGACUGAGUGUUUCCAAGCUUUCAUUGAGAGUGAGGAACUCGGCGACGAUAACACGUGGUAUUGUCCAUGUUGCUGUUCCAACCAAAAGGCACGCAAGACGUUAUUGUUACGGAAGUUGCCUAACACUCUAAUUGUUCACCUCAAGAGGUUUGUGUUUGAGGGAAUGAGUGGGGAGAAAAUCGACGCGUUUGUUGACUACCCGGUUGAGCAGUUGGAUAUGAGUCAGUACGUGGUUGAAGACGAUCGGCAGCAGAAUCUUGUUUACGAUCUCAUCAGUUGUGUGUGCCAUUCGGGAGGUCUCAACUCAGGACACUACACUGCUCACGUAAAGAAUCCUCUCAGUGGCAUGUGGUAUUACUUGAACGACCGGAUAGCCGUGCCAGAGUUGCAGCCACAAGUCAUACCAGAAGUUUACAUUUUGUUCUACCAACGAAGAGAUCACAUGUCUCUUAUCCAUGUAAGACCGCGAGACGAGCUAUUGGCCGAAUGGGAGAGAGAGAAACACAGAGAAAUGUUAGCCCAACAAUUAGACAUCCAGUUUGAGCACGAGAUACCAGACAUGUCUCCUAUCGUCACCGACAUUUCCACUAAUCCAUUCUUGGACUCCCCGACCGAGGGACGAACCCCACCACCUCAGUUGUCUCCUCUCUUGCCGUCAACGCCUGUAGCAGACGGCGGUGCAUUUAUUCCAAUGGAAGAGGCUGCCGUGGAGCUACAACCGAUGUCACAAGCAUUCCACAGCCAACUCGCUUCAGGACAGACACUAAAUCAAGACGAGAUGGAGCCGUUGCUAGGCGAUGGCUCUGACUGGACGUCUUCCUAUCCAAUGUAUGUGACGAAUAGUGAGGAUGGGGAGAGCACGUCGUUUUUCACAUCGCACGAUGAUGCGAAUGUCGUCGAGUCGCUGCUAGGUCACCACGAUGUGACGACGCAAUGGGCGAUCGAGCAGUCAUUCAAGACGAUGGACACGAAUGUUAGUGAUCAUAGAGUCUUGUAUUCUCAUAACGAUGUGGUACCCAGUGCGGGUGAGGAGUGGAGUUUGUUAGGAGAGGGAAACGCGUGGGGUACCAAACAAGGUGAUCGCCUGGUAGGCGAAGGAAGUCCGUUGAAGGUAUCAGAAGGGGGUGAUGCUCACAAGCAGAUGUGGCAGCUGGGUGACUACCAAGAGCAUUAGGAUCGUGCAGAGCAGUGCGCAUGCGCUUGUGUAUACAGUGAUCAAAGUUAUUGUGACUAUUAAUUAUUACGUGGGGUACAUGCUAGUUUUGUGCUCUAUUUUUGACAGGAUGGUGUCAUGCUCGUAAGUAGAGAUAUACUGUGUAGAGUGGAUAUUUAUUUUGUAUCGAACAGGUGGGUAUUGGAAUGUAGAUAAAGAGCCACGCUUGCGUUGACAGCUCAAACAAAGUGACGAGAGAAGUUAGAUAACUGGAGAUGGACAUUUUGUACACAAACCAGAGAGAGACCG